CUCGAUCGCUAUAAGGACAUGUCGUUAUAUUAGCUUGCUAACUAACACCUAUUAUUAUGAAAGUAAAGGUAUUUGCUCUUAUUUUGGGUUCACUGUGGACUGGUAUGAUGUUGUUGUUUUUCGGUAAAUUCGCGAUAGAUAUGAAGUUCAAUCCUCCGCCAACCAGCGAUACGCUUGUCGGAAUUCCCGGAAUGGUACGAACAUUCAUUCCAGUGACAUCAUCUUCUCCAAAGAAGGGUCCAGGCAACACAGCAGAUUCUCUUACACAUCGAUCUGAUUUCAAAGUUGGCGGCAAAACAGACGGUUAUAACAAUAAAAAGAAACCAGAGGGGUACACAACUAAAGUUAUAGAAACCUUAGACGAAGAUUCGCUGCUGAACGAACCCAAUAGAAAUCCAACGUAUGUGCUCCGAAAUAACGCUUUGUGGCACCAAACAAACGUUAUGAUUGAUGAUUUACCGCUUGAAAUGGGAUUUCAGCCAGAAAUGGAUGAAGAAUUUCCAACGAUUCGAAACGGUAAACCGCGGAUACCUCACAAUAUUCACCAAAUGUGGAUAAAACAAGAUAAUGCCAGUUCCGGGGAAAAUACUUCAGACUUAUCGGUACCCGACACUUACGUGGAUAAUAUGCAGUCUUUUAUGCAGCAUAAUCCACACUGGACUUACUACUUUUGGACGAACAGCAUUGCUCGUCAGCUCAUAGCUUAUAAGCAUCCCUACUUACUUGAGUUCUUUGACAAUGCAACCGAGGCUGUUGUUAAGGCAGAUCUGACACGUUAUGUUGCCAUAUACGAGAUUGGGGGACUUUACGCUGAUUUGGACACAGCUUGUCUUAGACCACUGGAUAUUGUCACAAAGAAGUACUCUUGCAUGUUGGUGCUAGCCCCUUUUGAAAAUGCUGCCUGUAUGUCGAAUCGACCAUAUCAGAUUUGCAAUGGAGAGUUUUUCUGUAAGCCUAAACAUCCUUUCUUCAAACAAAUUCUACAAGAAAUUGGAAGAAAAAAGUUAAACGCCAAAAAUCAAUUUAUUAUUGGGCCAGGUUUUAUCACAGGUCAAUAUCGCAUCUACCAAAAUAUUAGCGAUAAAGAACAAUACAGAGUUGAUAUUCAUCAAAAUACCACAACGCCAUUUAUGUACAAAGGUGCACUGCCAGACACGGACGAGGCUGGAAUAUAUAUUCCAAACACAAGAUACUUUCUUGACCAGCCGCACCCAAUUUUGAAAGUCGGUGUAAGAAAACGGUGCAGCAAUGUGACUGCUCAUAACUCUCUUGUGAAGAGAAUGUGUGCAAUUGUUGAAAAACGAGGCUUUGUCAGAGAGCCGGGGCCCUUUACAUUUCUAACUCACGCUUAUUCCUAUUCGUUCAGUAAAGUUAACCAAAAUAAGAAUAAAACAUACGUUCUUGUCCGUGAUAUCAUUCCAAGUUUUAUUACCUAUAGAAUAAAGAGAGACUUAUAA